AUGUCCAUGCCUUCAUUCUUCAUAGCCAUAUUCAUUUUCUUCCUGAUAUUAUCUCCUCCGGUGACUACCACCAAAGGACCAAAGAUCACAGCCAUGGUCGUUGCCGCGUCAAGGCUGCUGGCCGGGUCGAAACCCGAUGAUCAUAUGACGACAUUUAAACCGGCGGGAAGAAAACAUGCGUUCCAUGGCUAUCUCAGCCAAUUUCGGAAAAAGAAAUUCAAAUCGCCGAGUCAACUCAAUUUACAAUCACAGACCAUUAUGACGGAUAAUUCGAGAGAGGUGGUGCUGAGUCAAAUAAGUGACUCGGUCAAGGCAAUAUCCGGAUUGCCCGACUGCAAAACGGUUGCAAAAAAGAUGUAUUGCUAUCUCAGCCAAUUUCGGAAAAAGAAAUUCAAAUCGCCGAGUCAACUCAAUUUACAAUCACAGACCAUUAUGACGGAUAAUUCGAGAGAGGUGGUGCUGAGUCAAAUAAGUGACUCGGUCAAGGCAAUAUCCGGAUUGCCCGACUGCAAAACGGUUGCAAAAAAGAUGUAUUGUAAUCUGGUGAGAAGGGUGAAGCUUUUAAGCCCUCUGUUUGAUGAAUUGAGGGACGGUGAAGAAGAAGAGCUUGGAAGCGACGUCGUUAUGGGGCUUGACUCGCUGAGGAUCGCUCUUGACUCCGCUCUUGAGGUGCUGAAGUCGGUCCAUGAAGGAAGUAAGAUUUUUCAGGCACUGCAAGUGGACAAAUUAACACGCAAGUUUGAUCUUGUCACUGAACAAAUAGAAGAAGCAUUAUGUCAGAUUCCAUAUGAUAAACUUGAUAUACCAGAGGAAGUUCGAGAACAGAUUGGACUUGUGCACACACAAUUCAAAAGAGCAGUAGGUAAAAUGGAGUCUCUUGAUUUGCAACUGGCAAUGGAUUUAGCUGCAGCACAAAUGGAAGAUGACCCCGAUCCAAUAAUUUUCAGAAGGCUUUCUGAGAAACUGCAUCUCAGGACUAUAAAUGAUCUAAAGAAAGAGUCACUUGCCAUCCACGACAUGGUUAUCUCGUGCAGUGGAUUUCCAGCUGGAGUAUCGGAGGAGUACUUAGAGACGAUGUCCUUUCUCCUUCGGAAGAUAAAGGACUGUGUGAUGGCAGAAAAUCCAGUCCCUGAUGCCCAUGAAGUUGACAAGAGUUCAUUGAAGCACAGAUCUCCGGUCAUCCCAGAUGAUUUCCGCUGUCCAAUAUCUCUUGAGUUGAUGAAAGAUCCUGUAAUUGUGUCUACUGGACAGACAUACGAACGUUCCUGCAUUGAGAAAUGGCUGCAUGCAGGUCACAAGACUUGUCCUAAGACUCAGCAGACGCUAUUGCACACAGCCUUAACACCGAAUUAUGUUUUAAAGAGUCUUAUUGCUUUGUGGUGUGAGAGUAAUGGUGUUGAGCUGCCUAAGAAACAAGGAAAUUGUCGCAAUAAAAGAUCGGGAAUUGGUGGUUCAGACUGUGAUCGAGCUGCUAUUGAUGCAUUGUUGCAGAAACUUGCAAAUGGUAAUAUUGAACAGCAAAGAGCUGCUGCGGGCGAGCUUCGUUUGCUUGCAAAAAGAAAUGCCGAUAAUAGAGUAUGUAUUGCUGAAUCGGGAGCUAUUCCACUGCUAGUCGAACUAUUAUCCUCUCCUGAUCCGAGGACUCAGGAGCAUGCUGUUACAGCACUUCUUAACCUCUCUAUAAAUGAGGCCAACAAGGGAACUAUUGUAAAUGCUGGUGCAAUACCUGAUAUAGUGGACGUGCUAAAAAACGGUAGCAUGGAGGCUAGAGAAAAUGCAGCAGCAACCCUUUUUAGCUUAUCGGUUCUAGACGAGAACAAGGUGGCAAUAGGGGCAGCUGGAGCCAUCCCACCUCUGAUUGAUUUGCUCUGUCAUGGGACUCCAAGAGGAAAGAAGGAUGCGGCCACUGCUAUAUUUAACCUUUUAAUCUAUCAAGGAAACAAGGAUCCCGGAGGAGGAAUGGUGGACGAAGCUCUAGCAAUAUUGGCUAUUCUUGCUAGCCAUCAAGAAGGGAAAGUAGCAAUUGGGCAAGCUGAGCCAAUCACUAUUUUGAUUGAGGUGAUUAAGACAGGUUCGCCACGCAACCGGGAAAAUGCUGCAGCGGUAUUAUGGUCACUUUGCACUGGUGAUUCACAAUACUUGAAAGUUGCCAGUGAGCUUGGAGCAGAAGAGGCAUUGAAGGAAUUGUCAGAGAAUGGUACCGAUAGGGCCAAAAGAAAAGCCGGAAAUGUUUUGGAGCUUCUCCAGCGAGCUGAAGACGUUAUUGGAUGA